GGAUCGGUCAGGCCGGGCGCCGCGGCGGCGGCUGCAGCGGAGGAGAAGCAAUCCAGACCGGAAGGGUCCUAGGCGCCCCGGCGCCCCUCACACCCUUUGCGGCGGCGGCGACGGCGGCGGCGGGGCGGAGCGGAGCAGAGCGGGGCGGGGCGACCGGCCGAGCCCGGGGCAGCGGAGCCGCGAGCAGCUAGCGCGCUGCGCCGCCAGUCCGCCCGCCUGCCCUCUCCCUCUGGCGCGGCGGCGGGGAGGCGAGGAAUCUGACGACUGUACCCGUUCUUUGGAAUAUUAUAUGACACUACAUCAUGAGUGACAGUAAAUGUGAUAGUCAGUUUUACAGUGUACAAGUGGCAGACUCAACUUUCACUGUCCUAAAACGAUACCAGCAGUUGAAACCAAUUGGUUCUGGAGCCCAAGGAAUUGUUUGUGCUGCUUUUGAUACAGUUCUUGGGAUAAAUGUUGCAGUCAAGAAACUAAGCCGUCCUUUUCAGAAUCAGACUCAUGCAAAGAGAGCAUAUCGUGAACUUGUCCUCUUAAAAUGUGUCAAUCAUAAAAAUAUAAUUAGUUUGUUAAAUGUGUUUACACCACAAAAAACUCUAGAAGAAUUUCAAGAUGUGUAUUUGGUUAUGGAAUUAAUGGAUGCUAACUUAUGUCAGGUCAUUCACAUGGAGCUGGACCAUGAAAGAAUGUCCUACCUUCUUUACCAGAUGCUCUGUGGUAUUAAACAUCUACAUUCAGCUGGUAUCAUUCAUAGAGUAAGUAGUGAUACU